ACUGGUGCAAUAAGUUACAUACCAAAACCGCCUCCGUGGUCGAGGGGUUAGAGUCGAUGACUUUUAAUCCAGUUACCUCUCUGGCGUGGGUUCGAUCAACGGGAGAUGCUUUGGUAGUUUAGCACGGAGGAAGGUAGUCUAGUACUGGUGUAACUCUCCAGGAACGAUGGUUAGGAAACUACCCGCCUAUAUGACUGAAAUAAUGUUUGGAAAUGGCGUAAAAUGAAACAAACAAACAAAAUAUACAUACAAAAAGAAUACAAUGACGAUAAGACAUAUAAUCCAGAUUAGUAUUCAUUCUAUUUGAAUAAUUUACCCCGCUAACCUAUAAGCAUCCAUCUUAAACUUAUGUAGUUAUUUCGCAGAAUUCAAUAUUUAACAUGAACUGAUACAAUUUUGAAUUUUGAAACAUCCGCAGAUGUGUUCAUAUGGUGGUUAUCAUGGAACCUUCAAUGUGACACGUAAGUAACAAGUGUAGAUGUUUUGGCAUUUUUAGUACGCAUUUUUGUCUUGAAUUACUCUUGAACCUUUUUAUUUGGUCACAUAGUCCUGUGUUAAAAAAUAAAAUACACAUUCUUUCUACCGUGCUACCAAGUCAAUUUUACAUCAAACUAUUCCGUAUAAGUACAAGCAAUUAUAACUGGCCAUUGUGGCAAAUUAUGACGGAAGUAUCUCACAUUUUCUCUGCUUAUUAAUUUUCCCUGCCUGUGGGAAAAUAAGUUUAUAAAUACAGCUCUGAUAAUCAGCUGAGGUAAUUGCAAUUUGUGUUAAUUAUAAAUGGGCAAAACAUUUUUUAUUCAAAGAUAUUUCAUAAAAAUAAUCAUCGUUCAAAAGCUUUCAGCUACAUUGCUAUUCAGUCUUAAAAAUAGGGAACUAUUAUUUAACAUUUGAAUACAUCUUCUUCUUAAGAAAAUGUUACAUGUUUUGGUGUUUAUUGCUCUACUCGGACAAAUUAAAGUAAUUGAAAGCAGCUGCGAAUAUGGACAUAUAAAUGCAAAAUAUCAGGAUUCUUGUAGGAAGAAAGAAUACCUGGAUGAACUAUUUACUGAUCUAUUUGUUGAUGGCGAACUCAAGUCGGAAGUGUUUCUAGAGAAGCUAGUGACUACUUGCAGCAAUUACGCUGAAUACUCCAAAUGUGCUAAUUGUACUGCCAAACACGUGUGUUAUGAGGAACAAGAUAAAUUAAAGGAAAUCCUCGCUGAUAGAUGGUCAAUCUUCUGUAACGAUGACCAACCUGCAAGUUGGCUUGUAAGAAUAUUGCAUGAUGGACUGAAUUACAAUGUCUCGUGUCGAUCCACAUUUAUGAAAACAUUAAAUUCUUGCGUACCUCCUCAGCCUCCCGAGGAGAGCAGCAAUGAAACCUCUUUGUCAGGGCUUGUCGAUGAAUACAGAAGAGUCGGGCAAAACGUAUUCAGCUGUAGCAUGGCUGUUAUUCUCAAGAACGACAUUAUUAAUUGUGACUCAUCAUGGCAAGAUAUCUUACUAGUUUCCUGGCUGGAAGUCUCUUCAGGAUGGGGCAUGCUAUUUUACAUAGAUAAAGAGGAAAUUCAAACGUUACAGAAUAUGAGAUGUUAAGACGGACAAUUCCACAGUUGAUAUGGUUGAUAUUCAACAGCAAACAAUCAUCAUUGGCAUGAAAUAAUUUGUAGUGUGUAAUGGAUGAAUCUGAAUUUCUGUAAUUCAAUUUCAUCAAAUUAAAAUAAAAACAUUUAUAUAUAGGCUUGGUAUUUCUUAGAAAAUGUCACUGUCAAAAUCAUGUUCGCAUUGCUUAUUUAUCAUAUACAAAGCAAAUGUGGUAAAGUUAUUGUCACAUUUUUUCCUAAAAGAGACAUUCAUCACAUUUUAUCUGUUUGGUGUUCUUAUGGGCGGUUUGAUAAGAGAUUAGAAAAACGCUGAUUUUCCUUGUUAAUCUUUACUCACAUAUUGAAUCGGACAUACUUAAUUAACGCCAUAAAUAUUUGGACAAUAAGGAAGUUCAAAUUUGAUUACUUCAGAUUGCAUUUAAAGAAUUUGUACACACCUGACUUGCAAAUUAUUAUUUACCCUAUGCGCUCGAUAUCUAUCUGUCUAUAAACAACUUACGUUUGAUCUAUGAAACUUGAAAAUAUAUAUAUUUACAAAUGUCAACAAAGAAUAGUUAUUUUAACAAAAUGCAGUCCUCGAUUGUAUCAAUUCACAAUGAACGAAGCUUGGCGAGGGUGAUGAAAUUAUAUUUGUAAUUUAAUACAUGCUCGCUUUCUUUUGUGAAGAUAAUGGGGAAAAUUAUCUGAUAGGCAUAAAAGACA